GGCGGCUUGGGCUUCUCUAGCCCCGAUCGAUAACAACCCGUCGCAGUAGAGCACCAUUUUGCUGUUCACACGACUCACUAAGAACUGUUUUUACCCGCGAUCGCAGAAUGAUGCUUUGCUCGCGCAAAGCGUGGCCUCUCUUUGCCGUCCCGCUUGAGCAUAUGCUGCAUAUUAUUGUUGCUACUUUUCUGGUGCACACGGUAGCUGGUGCCCCCUGGUGUGGCGGCCACUCUCUGGCCACGUAUAAAUUCCCUAGGGCCCCACCUGCUUGUCAAGUACACGACAAGACAUCGCGCCCACACAACAUCCGAAAGUAGUUAUACCUCCACACCAAUAUGCUGCACCAGCUCCUCGACACCGCUGAUGCCAACCGGCCAAAUGCGCUCACCAAGUCCAUGUCUCAGCUCUCGCUCUCCUCCGACGACUCGGAGCGGGUCUCGGUCCGGUCAACACUGGUCAGCAUGUCAGAAGCCACCAAGACUAACAACAAGCACAGCCGCGAGGUGGUUUUCGAGGACGUAGACCCUGAGGAUAUCAACUUUGCGCUGGCGCUAGGCGACCGUGCGCCUGAAACCAUCGAAUGCGUGCGUAUUAACCGGUGUCGCAUGGACAGCGCUGCCUUUGCUGCCUUGGUCGAUAAUAUGUGCCAGGUUGACCUCUGCCGCUUGCAGAUACUCGACAUUGCCCAGAACAGCAUAGGUGGUGAGCUAGUAGGACCAGCACUGCUCCGACUGAUUCGCCACGCCAGAAACAUCCGGCACCUGGCCUUGGGGUGGAACAAGAUUGCGCUGGCAGACCUGGUUGCGCUAGCACCCGCCGAAGGCCCAGACGCAGCCUUUUCCAUCAGCCAUCUGGACUUGCGCGCAAACCCGCUGUCACGACCAGUAAAGAGCUCGUCACGGCGCCCAAGCAAGAGCACCAGUGGUGCAUAUGCGCCAACCGACCUGUCUUGGCUGCCAUCGCUUAUCGCCGCUAUGCCCAAGCUGACACAUAUCCUGUUAGCCCAGGCGUCGCUGAGCGACACCGACCUUGUCGCGCUGAUUCACGCGCUGGUGCCCGCAAUCCCGCCAAUCGAGUAUAUCGGCUUGGAAUGGCUUGGCCUUGGAAGCCGUCUUUCAGCAUUGAGCACGAUCCUUAGCGAUCUCUCUCCCAAACUUAGCACCGUUCCCCACCAAAGCUGCACCUGAACUUGUCCGCGAAUACCCUUGGUGACAGUGGAAUGCGGGUCAUCUCUGAAUCUACUGCAAAGCUGUCGUCGCUCACGCUAUCUUGCAACUUUAUUACUGAGCGCGGUACCAGAUAUCUAGCCCAGUGGCUCCCCAACUCAGGCGUGGUUGACCUGGACCUGUCCGACAAUCACUUUGGAGACCAGGGCGUGGCUGCACUGCUGUCACCAAGCACCGAGUCUGUGCACGACCAAGCAGAUGCUGGUUUGGUGAUCGGCGGCAUCCGCUAUUCGACCCAAAUCAAAUGCCUCGGGCUGACGAGCUGCUGUCUGAGCGACACCUCUCUGCGCAUGCUCACGGAAGCGCUUGACGGACACUGGGCCCCGCUCUCGUCGCUGAAGAUAUUACGGAACAGCAGGAUCUCCCAUGGAACAAAGAUCGCCGUGUAGUACUGGGCAC